GUUAACCUGAUCCGCUCAGAGUCACUGAUUUCAUCCCAGUUUCCGACCCUCACCUCUGCGCUCUCCCGGCGACUUGGGCAGGCCACAAGGCCUCAAGACGCAAGGCAAAAUGUCUGCAAGAAAGCUCAAUGCCGUCGAGCAGAAGAUCCAUCAGUCUGCGCUCGCCAACAGUGACAAGAUCCUCACCCAGAAGGACGCCGAAAAGCUCGUUCAAGAUGUUAAAUCCAGGACUGAGGCGAUCAACUUCCUGCUCGGCACGGGGCUGCUGAAGGUCAUGUCGAACUCAGCUGGCCAGCUGUCGUUCCGGGCUGUUGCGAAACGGGAGAUGGACGUUACGAAGGAUAUGAGCGGCGAAGAAGCGAUGGUCCUCGGUCAUAUCAAGGCGGCUGCUAACGAAGGUAUAUGGACGAAGCAUCUCAAGGCGAAGACGGAACUGCACCAGACGGUCAUCGAUCGCUGCCUCAAGUCCCUCGUUCAGAAGCAGCUCGUAAAAUCCAUCAAGGCCGUCCGCUUUCCUACUCGAAAGAUUUACAUGCUCGCCCACCUCGAACCCAGCGUCGAGCUUACAGGAGGUCCAUGGUACACCGACAACGAACUCGACACUGAAUUCAUCAAGCUCCUCUCGGCCGCAUGUCUACACUAUAUCCGUGAACGAUCAUUCCCCAAACCCGCAAAACGGACCAAUAAAGACAGGCCAGACCAAUUCCGCCUCUAUGCACCCGGCGCGGCCCCCGCAUAUCCGUCCUCGGAGGAAAUCCAGCAUUUCCUAAGCAAACGCAAAAUUGCCAACACGGAGCUGGGAGUUGAGCAUGUUGAGAUGUUGCUGAAGGUACUAGAGCUGGACGGGGAAAUCGAGAAGAUCCCUGCGUUUCUUGCUGGGACCUGGGGUGGCCAGGCUGACGAGUCGGACGAGUCGGACAGUGCCUCGGGUUCAGGCUCGGAAUCAGGUUCGGAUUCGGACAGCGACGGCAGGUCGACCAAGAAACGCAAACGCAAGGCGUCGUCUUCCGUCAAGCGUGACAAAAAGCGUCGUCGCCGAGACGCUUCCGCCUCUGAGUCUGAGUCAGAUUCCGAGGAUAUCUCAGAGGACGAAAGUCCGCGCAAAAAAGCUUCAUUUAGCAAGAAGAAUGGCAAGGGCAAGAAGCGUUCGCGCUCUGACGAUGAAUCCGGCGGGGAGGAAAGCGGAGCGGAGUCGAAGUCGAAGAAGCGGAGAAAGCGCAGCAACACCCUUAGCGGUUCGGACGAGGAUGCGUCAGGCUCGGGCGACGACGACGACGAAGACACCGGGCGGAGGAGUAAAAAACGCGCGAAGUCAAAAUCGCGAAGCAAGAGCAAGAGCAAAUCGCGAAGCAAAAAACGCGGAGCAGACUCAGACUCAGACGACACCGGAUCCGACUCGGACGACAGCGACGACUCGGAGCCCCGCUCGAAAUCAAAGUCGAGGAGGUCAAAGGCAAAAUCAAAGGCAAAAUCAAAGUCGUCCAAAUCUUUAAAAUCGAAAUCCUCGAAGUCGAAAUACAAGUUCAAGCGCGAAGCCUCCCCGCCCGAUGGCGUCGCGUCCGCGUUCGACGACAUGUCCGGCGGCGCUUUCGUGUACCGCGCGGUGCGGCAGGAGCGCCUCCGGCUUGGUUGGUCGCAGGCGCCGUGCGGGGCGUGCCCCGUGUUCGAUUUCUGCCAUGAGAAGGGGCCGACGAACCCCGUGGAGUGUAUUUAUUAUGACGAGUGGUUUAGCAUUGGGGGUAACAGUGCUGGCGCCGAUAAUGGGAACGCGGAGGUGGAGGUGAAGAUGGAGACAUAAAGUUGGUGCAUCGCUGUCUUCAAACGUGAAAAUGUAUCAGUAGUGUCGUCGUUCGCGGCUCGCGCGUUCAUUAGCUCAAUAAUCGCUUGCCGCCCUCACUUGAAUUGUCGGAAAAUCACACAAUCUCGCGAGAAAAUAGAAAUGUGGAA